CCAUCCAUGGUCCAAACCGCCAGCUUGAAAGAUCUAUAUAAAUCAAGGAACCUAGAAACAUAUCGCUGUUCUCGACAAUUGACAUGGCCUUGAACCCAAUAAAAACAUGUGUCCUUGGUGUUGGUCUCGCUGGCCUCACCUUUCACGUCCCUUUCGUACUCGCCCUCCCAGAACUCUUCACACUCCAUGCUGUAUUGGAGCGUAACCCCCAAACGGAUGGCGGCAAGGUAAAAGAGCGCUUUGGUGUCACCACAACGAUCUACAGGACAAUCGACGAAGUCGUCAACGACAAGGAAAUCGAACUUGUCAUCGUCGGCACUCCGAACGACACUCACUACCCUCUUGCGAAAGCUGCACUCCAAGCAGGCAAACAUGUCCUUGUCGAUAAGCCCGUUACAAACACCGUUGCAGAAGCCAAUGAACUCUCGGCUAUUGCGAAAUCAAAGGGACUUGUGUUGUAUGCCUAUCAGAAUCGCCGAUGGGAUUCAGACCACUUGGCUCUGCGCCGACUUCUAUCCCUUCCUACCAACUCCCCUCAAUAUCUUGGCAACUUGACUGAAUUUGAAUCCCACUAUGAUCGCUACCGUCCAGGCAUCAGAGCUUCGUGGAAAGAUAGCGCAGGGGCCACAUAUGAUCUUGGAUCGCAUUUACUGGAUCAGGCACUUAAACUUUUUGGUCGACCAGCCAAGGUUACAGCAUUCAUACAGAAUAUCCGUGGUGUUACCAAGCCUAACGUCGAUGAUAUUUUCACCAUCUACUUGCAUUAUCCCGCUGGUACACUCUUUCCGAAUCACUUCACCGUGCUCCUGCGGUCACACAUCCUUUCGGUUAAAGCUCCCCAACUUCGCUAUGCCAUCCGGGGUACCAAGGGAAUGUUUACUAAAUACGGCCUUGAUGUUCAAGAGGACCAACUCAAAGCUAUGCCGACGCCAAGCACUAUAUUUGAAGCAGGGUAUGGAAAGGAACCUGAAUCUAUUUAUGGGACCGUGGAGAACCUUGCAGAAGAUGGUGUCACGGUCACCAAAACGAUUUGGCCGUCUGAAGCUCCUGGAGAAUAUGCUGGUCUGUUCAAAAACUUGGCUGGUGCCAUCCGUAAUGGAGAAGAACUGGCUGUUAAAUGGGAAGAAGCUACACAGGUUAUCGAGAUGAUUGAGUUGGCCUACAAGAGUUCUGUAGAAGGUAUUACGGUGGUAGUACCAAAGCUUUGAUUUGAGCUGUACAACCAAAUUUCCAAAUGAGCCUCAUGCAGAGAAGCAGAGAGUUUUGUAUUUCUUAGUCCACUGUAAGUUUUUUUUUGUCAAGUUGCUCUUGAUGUGUUGAGUAUUACAGUGAUUUGAAUAUCAUUCCUUAUGAAUUGAAAAUUUAUGACUU